CUUAUAACACGGCGAUAUUAUGCUGUCGUGAUGUAGUGCGAGGGAACGAGAGACACGUCUUUUCCGUACCACUGGUCCUUUCCGCACGGGCCUACGCCUUCCGGUUCGAAGAAUCUCCAUCAUGAAGUACAAAAAACUCACCGCCAAACGACGGAUGUCCGGUGGAUUUUUCCGCGAGUUCGUCAAAGACUUACUAGCUGACCGCCGCAGUAAAAAAUUCAGAAAGUCCAAGUUGAUUCUGGGUUUCUUCUAUGGAUUUUUCCUAAGUCUGAAAUUUACUGAAGAGACCACUAAUCUAAUGGGCAUCGUUAUCAGUCUAUUUUUGAGCAUCGGCCACGCAAUUUCACAACAGGUACGGUGUUUGGGACUUUUAGCGAUGCCCACGUUCUGUGAUAAAUCCGGCCAACGAGUAUUGGUGACCAUGGUAUUUGCGUACGUUAUGGCCGGCCCUUUAAACAACAUAAUGAGAAAUGGAUCUGAAGUGAUUAGAGUGUUUACCUGUUCCAGUGCACUGGUGUAUAAUUUGACCAAGACCCGAUAUGAACUCAUGUUCAAACCGUUCCAGGAAGCACUGUUCAACCUCAAGGCUGAAACGAACGAGAUAAAAGAAACCAUAAAUUCCAUCAACGACGUGAUUGAUCCGAUUCGACAAGAAUUCGAAUCAGACAACGACAAUAUCGAACUACACGAAAGAAAUGACUACUUAGACGAUCUGCAAAUGAGACCAUCAAAAAUGUACAGUGCAAAAUCGUCCGAGCGUACCAAAAAUAUGUACAAGAUACCGGAACCGAGCGAAGUGGAAAUUAAAUACAGAAAUAAAUUACGCAGAAAGUGCAAAGGCAUCAUCAACCGGGCGGAUGAGAAGUGCAAGGCAGCGUUUCAGAACAGUUACGACAGUUGCACGAACUCUGUACACUGGUCCGUAAACUGGGCCCUGUGCUGGCCAAUGCAAAUCACUUUCGUUUGCAAUCUCGCACCACUGUUUGGCGGUGGAGACGUGUGCAAUUCCGGAAAAUCGGUAAAUUCCGGUUUCGGUAAAGGAUACGUUUACCUGACAAAGUCCAAGGACGAAUUAAAACGAGAAUUCCUACACGUAAAAGUCAAUUACAAGCUGAACAAAGUGAAAAUAAUGCCAGAACAAUAUCGGGACGCUUACGACAUGACCCGCGACAUGAUGAUGGAUUUCCGGGAGAAAAGGCGGGCGGCCGAGUUUGUGUUCGUGUGUAUACGACGUCUGCUGGCCUUUUCGUUCCUCAAAAUACUCUUAGACAGUCAGAGUUACAUGCACAAAUACCUAACGGACAUCGAACACGACAACGCGUACGUGACGCGGUAUUACCGGAAGAUCGACGCCCGGCGGAAAAAGACUGGCAAGCACACGUUGCUGCCGCUCAAGAAGAUCGAAAAGAGCAAAACGGUCGACUUGAGGAGCUACAAGCUGGUUAACCGCGAGUGUGAUCACCUGUGCAAAUCAUUAGUGAAAUUGGUGUUUGAAAUAAUCGCUGCCUCGUCGUUGGUUUUAUUGGACGUCGUGUUUUACGAGGCGUUGGACGUAAUCAAGAGACACGCCAAAAUCGAUUACUUCCAGACUGGCCACCACAACCUGUACAUCAAGGUCAAAGGCACCGGAAUGAUCGCUAAUUUGCUCAGGUCCGUCGUGGAUAGGUUCAAUUUCAAGAAAAACAUCACCGUCAACCUUAGCAACGAAAUGUGUCUCCCGAAUCCGCACAAAUUGGAUGCGUACUACCUGCACAAGAUAUAUGGCACGUUAAUGCUGGUGUUCUUCAUGACCGUAUUUGCGGGGUACUCGAGCCGAUUAAAACGACUAAUCUGCGCCGUAUUUUUUCGAAAGAGAGAAAAACGCCGAGUGCUAUACCUGUACAACGAAACAUUAAGAAAGCGAACGGCGUUCUUUAGAUACAUGAAGCAAAAGGUGGCAAAAUUGGCACGUGAAAACAAAUUAUCAGAAGACCUUGACAUUUUUCUGACGUUAAGACUUAAGUUUCCGGCACUGUUUGGCUGGCUGGUUUGGUUUGCAUGUGGCCGGAGAAAAUGUCUGAUUUGUGGCGAACCAGAAACAAAGGCAGGCAAACAGUAUGGUUGCAACACAGUUGGAUGUGUUUACAUACACUGCGAACAGUGUUGGAAAGAUGUUGGAGUCUGUUUUGCCUGUUCAGACACGUUCAUCAAAAAAGAUAAUGAAUAUAAUAUAGAUGCAGAUACUACUGCAGAUGGUUACAUGGACACUGAUUAUUAUGAAUAG